AGUGACGUCAGAUGACUUCCUGUCUCGGGAUAUCUCGCCCCGUCUCGCUGUGAGAGGACUGGGAGAGGAGUUAUUUUCAGAUAUGGAUUUGUGAGAGGCAAGCAUAUAGCACUGUCUACACCAACCCCACUCCCUCCGCCAAGUUACGUGGAACAGCCUCCCCCCUGCUGUGAGGUUAGGCUAAGCUGUGAGAGGCAGAGAGAGGCAAUGGCCGGCCUGUGAGGAGACUAACAGGGAGGGACUGUGUGCGUGUGUGUGUGUGUGUGUACAGCCACCACCACCACCACCACCGCCACCGCCACUUUGACCUAUCGGGGGGAGGGGCUGUGUGUGCGUGUGUGCGUGCGCGCCAAUCGUCUACGUGUGCGUGCGGGCAAGCGCGCCGGUGCCCUUUUCUGACCUCACCCCUCACCUGACAUCACCUGACCUAACCUGUCCAAUCCUAACCUAACCCAGCCCCACCUGACGGGCCGUGACCUAACCUAACCUAUUGUGACCUCGCCUGACCCCGCCAACACGUCCUAACACGUUCUGACCCCGUGCAAGAUGGUGAGGUGUGGGGUGUGAGUACCCGGUGUGACCUGCGGUGACCUGGCGUGACCUGACCUCCUGCCGCGGACCUGACCUCGCCCGGGACCAUGUCAGGCGGGGGGGAACCUUCGUCGACCGGAUUGACCCCUUUGCCAAGAGGUCACUGAAGAAGAAGCCGAAGAGGUCACAGGGGUCUUCACGUUAUAGAACUACGAAUGAUGUUGAGCUUCAGCCGCUGCCUCUCCUGAAAGAUGUGCCAGGAUCGGAGCAAGAGGACCUGUUUCUGCGCAAGCUUCGGCAGUGCUGCGUUGGGUUUGACUUCCUGGACCCUGUGGCAGACCUCAAGGGGAAAGAAAUGAAGCGCACCACUCUAAACGAGCUGGUUGACUACAUAACAGCUGGCCGCGGAGUCCUUACCGAGCCCGUCUACCCUGAAAUUAUAAGAAUGAUCGCCUGCAACCUCUUUCGCACACUGCCUCCUUCAGACAACCCAGACUUUGACCCCGAGGAGGAUGACCCGACCCUGGAAGCUUCAUGGCCGCACCUACAGCUGGUUUACGAAUUCUUCUUGCGCUUCUUAGAAAGUCCUGAUUUCCAGCCAGCUAUUGGAAAACGUGUUAUAGAUCAGAAAUUUGUGCUCCAGUUACUGGAAUUAUUUGACAGCGAGGACCCGAGAGAGAGGGACUUUCUGAAAACUGUACUGCACAGGAUAUAUGGAAAGUUUCUGGGCCUUCGAGCAUUCAUAAGAAAACAAAUAAACAAUAUUUUCCUUAGGUUUGUAUAUGAAACAGAACACUUCAACGGUGUCGGGGAACUCCUGGAGAUAUUGGGAAGUAUAAUCAACGGGUUUGCUCUGCCCCUGAAGGCGGAGCACAAACAGUUUUUGAUUAAGGUGCUCAUUCCGCUGCACAAAGUGAAGUGUUUGAGUCUGUACCACGCCCAGCUAGCCUACUGUGUGGUGCAGUUCCUGGAGAAAGACCCCACUCUCACCGAGCCUGUCAUUAAGGGCCUGUUGAAGUUCUGGCCCAAGACGUGCAGCCAGAAGGAGGUGAUGUUCCUUGGAGAAAUUGAAGAAAUCCUUGAUGUGAUUGAACCUUCACAGUUCGGCAAGAUCCAGGAACCAUUAUUUAAACAGAUUGCAAAGUGUGUGUCCAGCCCCCAUUUCCAGGUGGCAGAGAGGGCCCUGUACUUCUGGAAUAAUGAGUAUAUUAUGAGUUUAAUAGAGGAGAAUUCAAAUGUUAUCUUGCCCAUCAUGUUUCCUGCUCUCUACAGAAUUAGCAAGGAGCACUGGAACCAAACAAUUGUUGCUCUAGUAUACAAUGUGCUGAAGACUUUUAUGGAAAUGAAUAGCAAGCUGUUUGACGAGCUUACUGCAUCUUACAAAGCUGAGAGACAAAGAGAGAAGAAGAGAGAGAGAGAGCGAGACGAGCUUUGGAAGAAAUUGCAGGCACUGGAACUGAAUCACCAACAGCAGCAGCAGCAGCAGUGAUGGGGGGGGCAGGGAGCAGACACCCCCCACAACAAGAGGAGGAAGAGGAAGAGGAAGAAUUGAUUGCUGUCGAUGUAACUGGGAUUAAGUCAGUCAGCUGGCAAGUUAGUCGAGUCAUUGAGACACGCAGACGUACAGAUGUCUGAGUCUUCGUAUCAGUAAUAGAGAGAGCUAAACUUUUAAAACCCAAACGGAUCCCUAUGUACGUAUGUAUGUAUGUAUGUAUGCUUCUGUGUGUGUGGACGUGUGUGUGUGUGUUUGUGUAUAGCUUGCGUAUGUAUGUGUGUGUGUGUGUGUUUCGGUAUGUGUGUGUGUGUGUGUGUGUGUGUGUGUGUGUGUGUGUGUGUGUGUGUGUGUGUGUGUGCAUGUGUCCCAGCUCCACCCCACCCCACCCUAGGCAGGCCCAUAGAAUCUUGUAGGCUCAAUGUUGAAAACUUUAUAUAUGUAUUCACUAAAUGGUAGCCAGGUUGACCGAUUAGCAGCGGCGGCGGCGGCGGCAGCGGCAGCGAGACUCAAUUGCGACCCUAACCUGACCUGGCCUGACCCGACCUCCCCCCACCCCCCCAGACCGGCCCUAACCUGACACUCCCUAAUUUAGCUUCACCUUUUACCCUGACCUAACCUGACCUGACCCCCCCAGAUCCCUAAAUCUUGAGGUAACUAAGCCCAGAACCCUUAAAAUUUGAAGUGACCUCCUGACCUGACCCUGUAGCUGAACUGAAACCUAAAAUUUGCCCCAGUGACCUCAAUGGGGAAACCUUGACCUGACCUAACCUAGCUUGACCUAACCUAGCCUAACAUGACCUGAAGCAGACCAGACACCAAGAAAUAUUAUUAUUAUUAUUAUUAUUAUUAUUAUUAUUAUUAUUAUUAUUAUUAUUAUUAUUAUUAUU